AUGUUUCUCCAACGAGGAUCCCGAGUGCUCCAGAAGCAAUGGCAUGUCGCCAGAGGCAUGCGCAACAUGGCAAUGGGCUCUCGAGCUCCCAUGAUGGCCGCUUCUCCCAGAUGGUUCAGCGAGUCUAGAAGAUUAAUGGCCAUUAAACCUGUUGUUCUAGCCGAUAUUGGUGAAGGUAUCGUUGAAUGCGAAAUCAUCCAAUGGUUCGUGGAACCCGGCGCCCAUGUCGAGGAGUUCUCCCCGCUCUGCGAAGUCCAAAGCGAUAAGGCGUCGGUCGAGAUCACCAGCCGCUUCUCAGGUGUGGUCAAAAAGCUGCACUACGAAGCCGGCGAAAUGGCCAAGGUCGGCAAGGCCUUUGUCGAUAUUGAUAUCGAAGGCGAGGCCAAGCCUGAGGACGUCGAUGCGAUAGCCGACCAACAAGCCGACAAGGCCGAUGUUCCUCCUCCCCCACCACCAACUUCAGAAUCAAAGACCGAGCCAACACAAACACAACCUUCAUCCUCACAAGCACCUGUCGAGCCGCAAGUGAAAGAGAAGGGCAAAUGCGCCGCUGUUGCUACUCCUGCUGUGCGACAUCUCUCCAAGGAGCUCAAAGUGGACAUCGCAGAUAUCGAUGGCACUGGGAGAGAUGGCAGAGUUCUUAAGGAAGACAUUUACAAAUUUAUCAAGGGAAGAGAUGCGAAGGAUAGUGCACAGCAAAUAACACCGACUCCUGCAUCUUCCACCCCCCAAGACACCUCUGUACAAUCCGAGGCCGUUGUACCACUUUCCAGCACACAACUACAGAUGUUCAAGACCAUGACACGGUCUUUGACUAUCCCGCAUUUCCUCUACGCCGACGAGGUCGACUUUUCAAAUAUCGUGGAAACCCGCAAGCGCCUGAACCGUGCUAUUGCCAAGGGGCCUUCGGUCGAGGGACAGCCCACCAAGCUAUCCUUCCUCCCUUUUAUCAUUAAGGCUGUGUCUCAGACGUUGAAUCAAUAUCCAAUGCUCAAUGCCCGUGUGGACGUUGACCCAAAGACCAACAAGCCAUGUCUGGUGCAUCGAUCACAGCACAACAUUGGUGUCGCAAUGGACACUGCGGGAGGUCUCGUCGUGCCCGUAAUCAAGAAUGUCGCCUCUCUCAGCAUCCUAUCUAUUGCGGCAGAGCUAUCACGGCUCCAAGCACUGGCCAGCCAGGGUAAACUCAAGCCAGCUGAUUUCCAGGGCGGCACAAUCACAGUGUCCAAUAUCGGAAACGUCGGUGGCACAUAUGUCAGUCCUGUUAUUGUGGAACGCGAGGUGGCUAUUCUUGGCAUUGGACGCAUGCGUACAGCUCCUGCGUUUGACGAGAACGACAAUAUCAUUAAGAAGCAAAUCACCAACUUCAGUUGGAGCGCCGACCACAGGGUGAUUGACGGCGCAACUAUGGCGCGAGCCGCUGAUGUUGUGAGGCAGAUAGUCGAGGAGCCGGAUCUUAUGGUGAUGCAUCUGAAAUAG